AGUAGAUUGCAAUAUUCUUGGUCUAUGCUACAUUGCAGACUCAACAUUUGAUUGAGUCAUGUUUCACUAUUUUACAGAUCAGCAGUUCUUGAAUAUGGGAUGUGGGACCAGGUCAGGGUCGACCAUGGCCGGGAAUUUUACUUGUCCCUCUACAUGCAGGAGAUGCUGUCUAACCACAGACACAACUUGCAAAGGCAACCAUAUUGCCAAACUCAGUCAACAAAGAAUCAUACGGUAGAGCGAAUGUGGGUAGAGAUAAAUAACCUGGUAAAUUACCUAGUGAAGGAGGCCUUCAUACAGCUGCAGGAUCAGGAAGUCCUCAACAUGGAUGACAACGUGACUAGAUACUGUACAUCUAACCUUACUGCUGAGAUGUGCAAGAUUGGCAUAACAAGAGCUGUACAUGCAUGGAAUGCACACAGAAUCCUAGGCAAAGGAACACCCAAUUGUUUGGCAGCAGGAGGAUGUCCAAAAAAACUGGGAGAGGAGUUGUUGCGACAUGCCUCCCAAGCAGCAGACAUGUACCAGCAGGAUGUUGGCUCUUCACUGACUAGAGUCUCCUGCUUUGGAACUGACCCUUUCUCAACUGAGGAGGACAAAAUAUCAGCAGAACAACUUUUUGCUGAAGAGUACCCUGAUAUUUCAGUUUUAUUAGAUAAUGUGGUAAACUAUAACUUUGUACCUUUUCAAGAUGCAUUGUUGUAUCUGAUAAACAUUACGCAGCAAUAUGCAUGAAUAUGUCAAAUAAAGACAAGUUGGUUCUGGA